AUGUCUGAUAUAGAUGUAGAAGUGGAUGUGGAUGGAGAAGAUGAGUUUCUUGAUGCUGAAGAUGAUGAAACGAUUUCAAGCCCGCAGGCUUUGCCAUCAUCAGAAGCAACUAGCACCGCGACGAUGGACUUAGAGACAGCGAUCGAAGAUGCUAAGCGGGCAACUUGUUUUUUUUUUAAUAAUGAUUUUGCGAGUGCUAAAAAAAUACUUGAACCUUGGGCGCACAAGAGUAUGUAUCACUCCCUGGGAAAUAGUGUAUUUGCAUGUCUUGAAGCUUUUCUAACUUUCGAACAGAAACAUAUAGAAAAGGCUGUGGAUACUUUGAAAAUUUGUAUGAAUGUUUGCUCAAAGCACCGACGUCACGUAACACUUACACAGAAUAUCGGAAAAAUGGUGAAAAAAACCAACUACAACUUGUACACAAUCGAGGAGAUACAUGCUGAACUAUGCUAUGCUGAGUCACUAUUAUUGAAGGCGAUGCUUACAUUUGUCGAAGAUGAAACUCUUGUGAGUUUUGUCAAAGCUGGAUUAAAAAUACGUACAUGCUACCUUAUUUACAAAGAAUGUUUGACAAUUCUUACAUCACGGAAAUGGAAAAAUGAUAUUGAACGGGUACACUUUGAAAGUGGUGUACGUAUGGGAAUUGGUACUUUUAAUUUGGUACGUUUAUAAUAAUUAAUUAACUACUUAAUUUUAUGUGUAUAAUCUUAAUAUAAUUUUUUAUUUAAUAAUUUGUAUGUAAGUAACAAAAUAAUUUAUUUUAGAUGAUAUCACUUUUACCAGGACGUAUUAUUAAACUAUUAGAAUUUAUUGGAUUUUCUGGUGACAAGGUAAAAUUAAUUUCUUAUAAUUACAUUUAUAAUUAUAAACUUAUUAAAUGUCAUUGAAAUAAUAACAUUGACAUAAAACAUUUCACAGAUCAACGGAUUAACGGAAUUAGAAAAAGGAUAUGAAGAUCGUAGAGGAUUACGUCAAGUACUUUGUGCAAUGACACUAUUAUCGUACCAUCUAAUAACGUCAUUCGUACUAAGUCACCGCGAUGGUGAUCUCGACUGGUGUGAUAAGGCAUUAAAAAAUGAAUUGCACCAUUAUCCAGACGGUGUCUGGUUCUUGUUUUUCAAAGGUCGUCUCGAAUUUAUGAAAGCCAAUAUUGAAAAUUCGAUCCAGUGGUACGAAAAAUCAUGGAAAAGUCAAAAUUUAUGGCCACAAUUUCACCAUUUAUGUUUCUGGGAGCUCAUGUGGGCACAUUGCUGCCAACAAGACUGGGAUUCGGCACUAUUUUACGCCCGGUCGCUGGCUGAGCAGUCCAAUUGGUCGCGUACUAUUUAUUUGUACCAGCAAGCAGUGCUAAUGAUAAUGAAACAGCAGCAGAAUGAAAAGGAUCAGCCCAAAAAAGCUUCUUCCGCUGCCGACCUAGAAAAAAUUAGUAGUUUGAUGACCCAAGUACCUACAUACAAACAAAGAAUAGCUGGUAAAUCAUUGCCUAUGGAGAAAUUUGUCGUUAAAAAAUCCGAAAGGUAUUUUUCACAAAAUAAAACUCUGGUUCUUCCUAUUUUUGAGUUGAUGUUUGUGUGGAAUUUAUUCCGCAUUAUUGGAAAGCGUUCGGACCUAAUAGUUAAUGUUUAUAAAAUAAUUGAAGCUGAAGAGAAAACUUUAAGCCAAACACAAAAACAGAAAUAUACGGCCGAUAAUUUAGGAUUAUUAUUAUUAAUAAAAGGAACAUGUUUACGUCAAAUGAAACUUCCUUUACAAGCAGAAGAUUGUUUGAAACGUGUUAUUGAAAUGGAAAAAGAAAUUAAGGAAGAUUGUUACCUAGUUCCUUACGCUAUGGUUGAACUAGCGGUACUCGCGCGUGAUAGAAGUGAUAAUCAAGGAGCUGUCAAUCUUUUAGAAGACGCCAAAAAAAAUUAUACAGGAUAUUCAUUAGAGUCAAGAUUGCAUUUUAGAAUUCAUGCUGAAUUGAUGGAUCUCAACAAUCAAACCAGUAAUUCAAUAACGCCUACAUCUGCUACCGUCAGAUCCGGCAGUUUAAAAUCUUCGUGCUCAUCAGCAGCGAACUCUAACACUAAAAUUGCUACGACAUUAAAUGAUGACUCAAGAAUUUCUCUUUAUUUUUCUUUAUUUUUUACUAGUAUUGAAGAACGUGACAAGUAUCAAAGUAUUGAUGAGAAUCUCAAAGAGCGCUUAAACGAUGCUGAAAAUAAAGUAGCGAUGAUGCAUGUCCGUUUGCAGAAUCAAAAUGAGCUGAAGAAACAAAGCGAUGAUUUGAGUGUUUCACUUUCCAUGUGCAAAAGUGAACUUGAUUCAUUGAACAAACUUGAUGUCACCAAAACGGCGACGUUAGAAGCACUGAGACUUGAAAAAGAUCGGAUUUCUACCCAAAUUUUAUUAAAGAAACAAGAGAUUAUUAAUCUCAUGGCUGAUGUCAAUCGAGUAUGUACAUUAAUUUUUUUAUCUUCAUUUUUUUAG